AUGCGAGUCAUCGAAGAAGUUAUGAUCCAUCGAGAGGCAGAGAGUGAGGACAGCGAUGACAGUGAUGACGAAUCGAAACUUCUAAGUGAGCAUGAGCAAAUCGCAGACCAGACCGAUCAUGAACAGCCUGGAGAGAGAGAUGAGACUGAACAGGAUGAAAAAUCAGAGGAAGACUACGAAGGCCAAUCAGAGCAGAGAGACGAACCUGAAAAACGAGAAGAAGAAUCUGAAGAACAACAUGAGGAUGGCAUGGAAGAUGAGCCUUGCAAAGAAGAAGAAGAAUCGAAAAACGACUGCAAAGAAUCCAAAGGACACGUUGAAGAUAACAUUGAAGAUGAACCUGACAUACAAGACGAAGAACCAAAAAAGGACUUCGAAGAAUCCGAGAAGCAAGAUGAAGAUGGCAUGGACGAGGAUGCUGGGGAAGACGAGCAGUUUAUCGCGAAUAAAGAUACACACAAAGCACAUGAAAAUCUCCCAGCAGCCUCAGGACGAGAGUCUCCAAGAGCACCGCUGGCCACGUUUGACGAUGACAGCGACCUUGAUCAGUUUUACGAAGCGAUCGAUGGCAUAAAAGAAACGAGUGCGUAA